GACUUUUAAAAAGUGUAUAAUCCUAAUAGGAAAACAUUAUUGAUUUCAACUAAUUUUAGCAGCGUUAUGAGAUAAAUACGUAUUUAAUUGAGUAAAUUAUUUUAAAUUAAUGUGCUUUACGUGCCAUAAAUGUAUUUACCUGUGAUUUAAGUGUAUUAAAUAGUGUUUAAUAUUGUAAAUGAUUACGUCGUUUUGUUUUUGUGAUAAGAAUGGGCAAUACAAGCAAAAAGCUAGCGUCCCAAUGCAGUUUGCUCACUAAAGAGGAACAGAAGUACGUCGGCAACACAUUCAAGGCGGCCAGCAAGAACUCGGGACGAAUCAGGGAGGAUGACCUCAUCGUGAGUGGACUACUAGACGCAGUGUUAUUAGAAAAACACUGGGGUCCCCUAAUAGACCCCCGGCUGGCGCAGUACCUCUCAAACUACUUGUUCGACACGGGGUCUCAAAAGGCGGCCACAUGCGACUUCACCCGCUUCGCAGAACUAUAUGUGUACAAUGUUAGAGGUUCGGUGGACCAGAAGAUGAUGGUGACGUACAGAAGUUUAGGCAACUACAGCGAAAACGACGAACUGCCGUAUCAACUAAUCAAAGAGUACUGCGAAGCAAUAGUGUCCACCUACAUCAAAGUUUUGAAGACGAGCAGUAAGCGCGCCGAGAAAUGGAUCGACAAAGGAUUUCGCGGGAAAGCGGCGGCCGUACAGACUCUAGGGGAGGCUGUGGCUAGUGGGGUCGGGUCGGACCCUGACUCACCGCCGCAAGCUGUCAACUCUAAACAACUAUCAAAUUGGCUCAUGACGGACACCCUACUGAAGCACAUGACAGAGACAGUGUAUACGACGCUGUACGGGAUAGAGCGGGAUCACACUACAGACGACGGGUCCCCGCUUACUGCGGUGCCACAAAUGCUACCCACGGUGCAUGGUCUGGACUCGAUGCCUGACUACCCCGCCUUCAUAGACUUAUCUCACAUCGUGUGGCUAAACAACAGCAUACCACCCCCGCUUCAGCAAAAAUGGCGUUUUCUGUUCUCCUCGCACAUACACGGGGAGUCCUUCGCUACCAUGGUCGGUCGCAUCUGCGAUCAAGGCGCCUCCAUCAUCAUUAUCGAAGACACCCACGGGCACAUUUUCGGCGGCUUCGCGACGGACUCCUGGGAGAUAGGCCCCAACUUCGUGGGCCGCGAGGACUCCUUCCUCUUCACCCUGGCGCCGAAGAUGAGGAUCUACGGGUCUUCGGGCUUCAACAACCAUUACCAGUAUCUUAACCAGCACACCAAGACCCUGCCGAAUGGACUGUUAAUGGGAGGCCAAUUCAACUUCGGCGCCAUAUGGAUCCCCGCAGAUCCGUUCGGAGAAGGUUCCUCAUCGGAAUCCUGUACCACGUACCGCGGCUACAAGCGGCUCAGCAAAGAAAAGGACUUCCGUAUAAGGAGUAUCGAAGUUUGGGCUGUGGGCGACAAGCCUGAAAGCGACAAGGAAUCGGGCGAACGUGACGUCAGCAUCCUAGACACGAACCCAGAAGCGAAGGCGAUCCUCGAGAUGGCUGGCAAGACUCGACACAGCGACGGCGUACGCGAGCCGCCGCCUUUAUAAUAAACCUUAUCGGUUAGGUAAUAAGGUACAUUUCCGUUCGAAAAGUAACUCUGGUAAUAUCAAGAAAGCGAUUGCAUACGCGAGUCUGUUUUACAAUGCACCUUAUCGGUUAGGUAAUAAGGUAUCUUUUUGUUUGAUACUGAAGCAGUUGAAGCUAUUAACGAGUAUUCAGUAGAUGAACCUUACUGGCUAGUUGUUAAGGUGCAUUUCCUUUAAAUUAUUUUUCUCAAACAUGCAAUGAAAUAUUGAUGUUAUGUUCCUUAUAAUAGGCUGCGAAGUAUGACGUUUCAGGUGCGGCUAGGACAAAAGGUCGUUAAUGGAAUUUCAUACACAUCUUGCAGGCCUAGGCCGGCAAAGUCCUCUUUUUUAAUUUUCAUUUCACAGAUAUAUGUGACACAGCAUCGUGGCAUUCAUCCAUUAAAAAAAACUAGAGGCAGUAUUUGCUUUAUGGUUCGUAAUGACACUCUGCCACUACGCCUAUAAAAAAAAACAAAAAACAAUGUUUGCUAUAAUUUGCAGUUUUAUUUGUAUAACAUCAACAUGAACUUAAUAAAUAAUACAUUCUAUAAUUUUAAAUUAUAAAUUUAACUACACAAAUAAAAACAUUUAAAAUAUUUCAUCUAAACGUUAGCGGUAAAAAGGUCUACUCAAACACGCGUAGUUAUAUUUUUUAAAUUGUUAUGGAGGUAAAGUUGAAAAAUAUUCAUUCUGUUUUAUUGAAUUUAUGGUGCGUUGUUGAUUUUUUGACUUUAAUAUGAGUUCCGACGAAAUAAUGAAAGUAAUAUUAAUUGUAAUCGUAGGUGUUGGAAUUGGCAGCGUAAGCAGAAUUGAUUUUAAAUAACUUGCUGCCUCUGCCGCCAAGUCAAAGACGAAGUAUGUACAUAUAUGGUUGCUUAUGGCAAUUUUAUUAUUUGAGAAACUAAGAAAAAUGGCUUACAGUUUAUUAGAAACAGUUUUGUGGCAUAUUUUAAAUGAAUGUAACUACAAAUUCGUCAACACUGUGGAAAUUAUACUUAUUUACUCCAUGCAUAAAGCAACGAUGUAUGUGAAACAUGAUAUCAAUAUGAAAGACUAUGUAAACUUAUGUGACGAAAACGACAGUCAGACGGAUACAAGGCGAAAAUAUCAAAGAUACAUGAAAAUAUACGGGUAGUAAAAAUACACGACUCGUGUAAAACAUACGCGUGAUAAUGAUAUAGGAACGUGUUGGUUAUAUUUUGGGUGUAGUUUACUUUUAGUUUUUUCUAUAAAUAAAACUUGGGUUUCGUGGAUUUUUUAUUUUAUUUAUUUCAUUGCAUGUUUGAGAAAAGCACUAUACAUACCUCGGCGGGAAAUGGGGUUGCCCGCGCUCAGACCUAUCCGGCCUCGCUUUGCUCGGCCGUCUAUAUGUCUUCGGCCGGCAACCCCUUUCGUCCCGGCCUCUGUAGUAAUGUACUAAUAUGCGUUCCCUAUCCUCCUUAGUCCCAGAAUCGUUAAUUUCGUUUUUGAAUUUGGAACCUUUACUUAUUUUAAUGAAAGUUAUAUUUACGUUUUGUAAUAAAGCCUUUAUAAGAGCCCCUGGGACUCGGGAGGUUAUGAGUCGGACAGUGACGGUGCAUAUGAGCCGCCGUCAUUAUAAUUUAUAAUGCGCUUUAUUUAGUAGGUAAUAAGGUAAAUUUCCGUUCGGCAGAACCGAAAGAGAUGUCACUAUUUUGAGGUUAUCACAAAGAACAUUACUUAAAAAUGGUCUCUGUAUUUUGAUAAAAACUUAGGUUAAAAAUAUGAACUUUAUUCUAUGACCCAUUUUCCUAUAUUUAGUCGCUUAAAGCAUUAUUUGUGACGUCCCACGGGUAAAGGUACCAAUGGCAGUUGGCGCUUACGCUAUUAUUAACGCCGCUCCAAUAUUAUCGCGGCGCUACGCGACGUAAGCGCCAGCCGCCAUAAGGUACCUUUUACCGUGGAACGUCACAUUUGUAAAAAAUAUCGGUAGAUGUAGUAAACGUGGCUGGUCCCGAUUAUUUUAAAAAAUUGCAACGCACAAUUUGGUAAUAUACAAAUUUCAUAAUAUUCGUAGAAUAUAAUUUGUGAAAUGUUUUCAGACUUGUAAAUAAUCAUCUUUUUCUUUAUAUAAAAUGCAUAGUUGGAUAUUGUAAUUCAUUAAAAUAGCAAGCUUAGUAAGCUUUUCGAUGAAAAAAAAGUGUUUCACUCAAAUAUGAGAAUGAAAGUUAAGUUUCUCUGAGAGAUUUUUUUGGUAAAUGUAAAAUAAUAGUAGUGAUAUACAUGAUCUGGUGGAUUUAGUGAUUUGCUUAAUAUGUAAUUAUUUAUUUUAAUACUUUUAAAUAAGUUCUAUUGUUUAUAUUUAUUUCUGGUUAUUAAUUAUUUUACGAAAAAUAUUUUGGUUGUGUUUAAUCUUUUCACAAUAUUUAAGAUAUUUGUCUUCAAUGUGUCAAUUUAAAAUGUGUUAGCAAUAAAAUGUGCUUAUAAUAAAUAGGUGCCUUGUAUGUAAAUUGUUUAAAUGGGGCAUUAUCUAUGAAAAGGGACCUUAUUGUCGAUGGUGCUUACGCCCGCAUAGCGUCGCGCGGCAUUGUAUUUAUA